AUGCAGCGUAAUGUCAGUACCCCAUUGGAAUUACAUGAAUUGAAUAUAGUUAAUAAGUUAAAUACUGAUCUUUGUAUGUCAAAAAUAAUGACAGGAAGUUCCAAGAACGGAACCAAUGCAUCGAGUGUGGCUCCAACUACCCCAAAGAAAGGGCAAUCAUCUGAUAUUCCAAUGAGUGGGCCAAGAUUAAAUAUAAAGACAACGGUUAUAUCACCAAAGAAAAACGAGUUGAAUCAGUCAGAUUCAGAGUUUGAUGAAAGGGAAAAAUUAUAUAAAUUGGCACAAAAGAAAAGAGAGAUCAGUGAGUUGGAGAUGAAAUUGGUGCAAUUGAAGAAAGAACUGAAGAUUAUGGAACAAGAAUUGAAGCCUAUAUUAAAUAAGAUUCAUUCAAAAGUUGUGGACACGAAAAACAACAGAAUUAAAAGCAAGGAGCAGGGUGGUGGUAAUCGUGCUGAUAGUAACCUUGACAAUAGUAACCAACAUAAUGAUGAUAAUGAUAAUGAUAAUUAUUAUGGUUUUGCCGAUAAUAAUGACCCUGAUAGCUCGUUAAUCAACAUAUCUCAACAUAUACCAAGUAAAUUCAAAGAAAAUAAGUUUGUCAAAACUUUAUUAAAUAAAUUUAAUGAAUUCAAUGUUAAUGAAGAUGAGUUUGAUGAUCAUGUUCGAUCACAGAAUGAUUCAAGUUUUUAUUUAAGAGAAGGUUAUAAUUUAGGUGAAGAUGAGUUGGAAAGAGAGGCAGAAGAAGAGAUCGGCUUUCUUCAAAAAUUUAAUAAAUGGCAAAAUAAACAGAUUAACAAACAAGCAAACAAAUAA